GGCAGUAUCACCUACAAGGCAAUGUCCUAUAAACAGUGUGGAACUAGCUAAGGCUGCAGUUGGCUGAGGUUUUAGCAGACUGAUUUGCUUAGUAAGCAGAGAUAAUUUCCUCCAAAGGGUCGAGAGGAGCGGUGUGUUUGAAAGAUGGUGUAUAUAUUGGUAUGUAGGAACUGAGUUGCACUGAGCCUGGUUUCCCCCUGUGCGCUGGAGUGUGACACUGUUGUACGAGACAAACAUGUGGUUGGUUUGUCGCUGAUCUCUGAGCAGAUACUGCUGUUAGUUAAUGUCCGCCUGCAUUUGGAGAGUUAGGGAAAGAUUUGCAGGAAGCCUGUUCACUUCCUCCACGUCUCUCAUCCCUGGAGAAGGUCUAUCGAAAAUGCUCCCUGCCUCUGUUGCCCUGAGACUGGCAGCGUUUGGCUUUAGACCGGGACACUGGCUGCAAACCACGCUGUCAAACCUCACCCGCUGCAGGCAGCUGGCUGCGUCCUGGCCCCAGUACCCUCCCGGCUCUUCCCUGGAUGUCUCGGCGAUGUUAGGGCCGGAACCGAGUGAAGUUGUGUUGAAAGAGCCGAGCAGGAGAGACCCCCGGCACAGCUCACUGCUACUGUUCCCCGGCCAGGGUAGCCAAUUCGUGGGAAUGGGCAAAGGGCUCCAGAAAUAUCACAACGCCAGGCAAAUGUUCGCAGCAGCCCAGAAGAUACUGGGCUAUGACCUGCUUUCUUUGUGUCUAAAUGGACCGGAGGGAGAGUUAAAUAAAACCGUUCACUGCCAACCAGCAGUUUUUGUCACGUCCUUAGCUGCAGUGGAAAGGUUGCAUCAUGAAAACCCUGAAGCAGUUGAGAAAUGUGUUGGAGCAGCAGGAUUCAGUGUGGGAGAGUUUGCUGCCUUGGUCUUUGCAGGAGCAAUAGACUUUGCUGAAGCUCUCUAUGCAGUGAAAGUGCGGGCAGAGGCAAUGCAGGAGGCAUCAGAAUCCAUUCCCAGUGGCAUGUUAUCUGUUAUGGGGCAGGCAGGAUCCAAAUUCAAGUAUGCCUGCCUGGAGGCUCGAGAACAUUGCAAGACCUUGGGAAUCGAGGAUCCUGUAUGUGAAGUGGCUAACUACCUCUUUCCCAAUGGACGUGUGAUUGCUGGAAAUUUACAGGCUCUUGAAUAUUUGCAGCAGAAUUGCCGAAAGUUCCACUUUCUGCGAACUAAACUUCUGCCAGUCAGUGGUGCCUUCCACACCCGCCUCAUGGCAUCAGCAGCUGAGCCACUCCAUGAUAUCUUGAAGGGAAUCAGCAUCGAGAAACCUCUGAUAUCUGUCUACUCCAAUGUGGAUGCCAAAAAGUACAUGAACAGUAAACACAUUCGGCAACUUUUGGUGAAACAGCUGGUGAUGCCUGUAAAAUGGGAACAAACUAUGCACGCCAUGUAUGAACGAGAACAGGGGAUUGAUUUUCCAGAUACGUAUGAGGUAGGUCCAGGGACCCAGCUUGGAACCAUGUUGAAAAACUGCAACCUGAAGGCUUGGAGAUUCUAUCAACAUAUAGAUGUGAAAUUAAAGGAUGAGACUGAGGAAGAAUGAAGUUUUUUUUGUGCAGAAAAACUGGUAAAAGAUUAAUUUUUCUUGCUGUUAAUUAUCGAACAUUUCACUUUUGCCUGGUGUGUUCCAUCAGGCUGAAAGCAAUUUGUAUAACUUGAACUGGUAGAAAUUGCUCUUUGCAAUUAAGUGGUGGUUUAAUGACUUUACACAAAGUGAACUGUUGAGUUGUAACUGUGCUGAAGGUGAUGUGAAGAAUUUGAAUCAGCAAGGAGUUGUAUUAUCUGUCAGAUUUUGAGCAGAGUUUUUAGGACAUAAAAUCUCUCGGGUGGCCCAAAUAAAAUAAACACAAGAAAGUGUCUGGCUGAAAACCUAAUCAGAGAAAUUCUGCUUUUAAUGUGCACACUUAUGUUUCUUUAACUGUGUAUUGCACAUCAUGUUAUAUGUUUCAAACAGGCACACGUCCUUUUCCAUGUCUAGAGAAUAUUUAAUUUUUGUCCCAGUUCUUUUAAAAAAAAUCGGCUGUGAUGAGAAAGCUACUUGGAUUCCUAUGAAGAGAAUUAACUUUGAUUUCUGAACUUCUGUUUUUUUCUUCUACUAUUUCUGUCCAAUGGCAACUGGAUGGUUUGUACAAACAAAGUAACAUAUUUCCUGUCAAUCCAAAACCUGAGCUAUUGUUACUGGUACAUCUGAGAUUGUGUGCUCAAAUGUCGUAGCUACCCUCUUAUUGCGGUACUGGUCACUGGAUCUCAUGUGGAAUGUCAAUCAUGUUCCUUGCAAAGUUUGUGCUUUCCAUCAACCUGGGUGUAAAAGAUUGCUAAGUUGAUGAAUUCUGGCUACUUUUUAAUGCAUCUUUAAUUUUUGUGAUAAUUCCAGGAACAGCAGGUCUUGAUUUCCUGUGCAAUACCCCAGUGGGCAUAAUAAAGAAGGAAAGAGAAGAUAUUUAAAAAUAUUGGCAGGUAAAAUCAAAGAAAACCAAAAUAUCAUUAUAUUGAGAGGGUAAAUAAGGAAUGGUACUGCUUAUCAGAGAUGUACAAGGUAACUUAUGCAGAAGACGUGGACAGGAUACUUAAUGAGUAUUUUGUCUCUGUCAUCACAAAGAAUGACAAACAUUCUACUGGGAGCAAAUACAAGCUACAAUAAGCAUAAUGAAAGACGAAGUACUGGAGGGAUUGACAUCUUUGAAGUUGGAUAUAUGGCCGGGCUGGAUGCAUUGUAUCCCAGGCUGUUCAAGAAAUCAGGGAGGAAAGUACAUGUGCUCGGAGGAUAAUUUUUCAAUCCUCACCAGUUACAGGUCAGGUAUCAGGGUUUGGAGGGUGUGAGGGAUACACCAAAUAAUAGACCUGUCAGCCUGACUUCGGUGGUUGGCAAAUUAUUCGAUCAAUUCUGAGAGACAGGAUGAACUGCCUCUUUGUAAAGCAUCGAUUACUAAAUGGUAGUCAGCAUGGAUUUGUUCAUGAAUAGCCAUGACUUACCAACUUAGUUGAAUUUUUGAGGAAUUAACGAGUACAAUUGAGGGUAGUAUAGUGGAUGUUGUCUGCAUGGACUUUAAGUCAGAAAAGCAGAAGUGAAAAGUAUGCAGGAAAAUGUGGUGAGUUGGCAGCAGACACUAAGAGUAAUGGAUGUUUUUCUGUAUGGAAGGCUGGUUUUGAUAGCAUUUCUCAGGGCUCAAAAGUUCACAACUUAUUGUACAUUAAUCUGUAGAUUAUAAAUGUGGGAUGCAUUAUUGGGAACUUUACAAAAACGUGGCCUUGUAGUUGAUAAUGAAGAGGAUAUUUGACUCCAGAAUUAUGUUAACAUUUUGAUUUGAGUGGAUGGAAAAGUGACAAACUGAAUUCAGUCUUGUGAUGUGUUUAGUAAUAUACUUGAUGGGCAAACAGUGCAAGUGAAUGUACGAUAAGUGGUCUAAUAUUGAGAAUGGUAAAGCAAGUGCGAGACCUAGCAGUGCAUGCCCACAGGUAGAUAAGCUGGUAAAUAAAGCCUAUGAGAUGCAUUUUUGCAUUGUGUACCUUGUUCAAAAAAAGAAAGUAAGGAUGUGAUGCUGGAACUGCAUAAAAUAUGGUUAGGCCACAGCUGAAACUUUGUGAACAAUCUUAUCCCUCCUGUACUGUAGUGAUAUAAUGUUUUGAUUACUGAGGAGAUUUACAACAGUGUUGCCAGGGCUUGAAAAUUACAGUUAUGAGAACAGAUUGCAUAGGCUAGUGUUGUUUUCCCUAGACCAGAGGAGUCCAAGGUCGGAUUUAAUUGGAGUGUACUAAACAAAGGUGGGCUUGAAUAGAGUGCACAGGGAAAACCUGCUUCCUCUAGUGGAGAUGUUAGUUACCAUGGUCACAGAUUUAAAGUGGUUGUUGGGAGGAUUUGAUAGGACACGAGAAUGUGUCCAUCCAGAAAGUAGUGGGUGUCUGGAAUUCACUGACUUAUUUUGAUGGCAGAGGCAGAAGCCCUCAACUUGUUUGAACGAUACCUGGACAUUUGCACAUGAAGCUCUGUAAGCUGCAAGUCUGUGAACAAUGGGCUGAAUAGCCUGUUCUGGCCCCAUCUUCUUCUAUUUAUUUUUAAAUAGGUUAAUUUUAUAAACCAAAUAUUUAGAAUACAUGUAAAUGCAAUAGCUGUUUUUGUUUCUCCUCUACUAUUCCAGUGUAUGUUCACAAACUCACAUUGUUAAAUCAACACUAAUUUGAAGCACAGGGAGGAAGAUACUGGUGUAUUUAAAUGUAUCCCAUGAAGGCAGACUUCAGCACUGACUGGCCGUGAGCCAACCUGCCAGAGUGAAUGUAGUAUCAGUUGUAGUCUGCCAGGCUCAAGCAUGUUGAACUGAACAGCUUCCUUCUGCGUUCAGUCGAUUUAUAGUUCUCUGAGGAUAUUCUCUCAGUUAGAGACAACAGUUACCUCGUCAAUUGGGUCCUCCUCAUCUGUGGAAAACCCAAAUUGUGACUGAAACACGUGACAGAAACUAACAUUGCAAUAUUCCUAUAACACCCUCUGGGUACAGAAUGGGCAUUCUUUGUUUACGCUGCAUCUGAUAAGUUGGAUAUGACUUGAGUGCUUGAUGCUAAUACAACAUGACUGCCUUUCUCAACAUGAUAUGCACAACGGUUAUAGAUAAAUUAGAACACUAGCCAUGCAGAUCUGCUGGAGGCCUGGGAGGGGCAUAUGGAGGCCAGGGAGGAUCCCUUCUUCAUAAAAUAAGUGCUUGUCAAAAAAACAAGAUUCAUUUCAAAAUUCAUAUUAACAAUUUGAAGAUGAAUUUCAAUACCCAUUGUGCAGAUAUUAAAUUACCAAAAAAAGAAAUUAUUUUACACACAACCACCAUUUUAGAAAAGGAAAAGUAGCAAUUUGAAAGUGUUUUAAAAGAUAUAUUUGUUCUUUAUUAACUGUGGGACAAAUAAUUUGUGACUAAUUUUUCCCAAUUGCUGGUGCCUACAUUUACAUUUUGCUGUAUUGUCUUUACACACUAAAUUAUCUUCUGAUACGUUAUUCUCAUGGGAAGAUAGAAUGUGGGUUUUAAUUACACCACAGUCAUCAUGAGCAGGUCAGAUGAACUGCAAUUAAGUGAUGACCUUCUUCACCAUCACACUAAAUGCUGUUUAGUGCUUCCGAAUACAAAACACAUUGCCUGUAAAAUGAACCUGUUAAAGUAAUAAUUACCUUAGGACCAGAACAGGCCAUUCAGCCCAUUGUUUUUCAUCUGACACCAACACAAUCUAACCACCUGUUUUAAUCCUGCUUCCAGGACCUGGUGCAAAGCCUUGCCUGCUGUACAGCAUUUACUAUUCUCAGAAACAGUAGAAAAAGAAAGAGUAUUAAACCACAAAACAAACAACAACAAAAAAUGAUAAACCCAUACUUGUAAGCUUGAUUGCUGAGAUUCCUAAGAUCAUUUGUGCCAAACUCAAUUCAUUUAAGUAUUGAGUUGACAGCUUCAGGUUUGAUGGCAGGAAGAUGACCGAAAGAUCCUUAUGACAUCUGUCACUGUCAAGUAAAUGAUGAUGCAGAUGGCAAAGUUUCCACCCGGAUGAACUUUAUUGGGUAUUAGUUCUCGGAACAUAAGUGGCUGCUGCCUUGUUUGUUCCUGUCACAUGCGGCACUGGGACUACACACCAGAGUCUAGCCUCAAUUUUAUGGCCUGGCAGCCAAGCGUUCCCUCCCUUUUGGAGCAGGUACUAUGUUGUGGGGAAAAACUUGGUGUCUGUGCUGAAAACUGUGCAAAUGAAUAGAUGUUCUACCUGGGAUACAAGUCACGCAAUCAUAUGUUUAUACUCCUGGGAGACAUAGACUUCCUUACAGAAACUGCUUUUUACUGUAAAGAUGAUUUAAAGAUAUUGAGAGGAAGCUUGAAAUCUAACGGUAACUUUCUGGAUUCUCCCACUGUAUGCUAUCUCAGGUCACUGGUCAUUUCCCUCCUUUCAAAGCAGGAAAACCUGAGGCUUCUCCUUCAUUCCUGAUAACUCAGCCCUAUGACCUAAGAAUCAGCCUCGUGGCUAUUGCCCUACUGCAAUGUCCCAAUAUUUCUGCCAGGAGGAGGCACUAUGCAUAUUUAAAAACUGAAAGAACUGUGGAUGCUGUAAGUCAGGAACAAAAACAGAAGUUGCUGGAAAAGCCCAACUGAUCUGGCAGCAUCUGUGAAGAAAAAAAUCAGAGUUAAGGUUUUGGGUCCAGUGACUCUCCCUCAGAACAGUUUUGAUUUUUUUUUCUUCACAGAAGCUGCGAACAUUUCUAGUAACUUCUGCUUUUGACCAUGCAUAUUUAUCCUAUUUUGAGGGACAAACAAUGAUAUUAGUAAAAGUAGUGGUGUAGGCUACUUUGAUAUCACUAAGGGAUUGAUGCAGUAACCUAAUGAGGAUGGAAAAUGCUAAAGAAAAGCAUGUCAUUUCUUAAAUCCCACAUUUGCAGAGUAACUUAGGAUGCACCAUAUGUCUUGGGUGGGAUCUUGUUCAGUUUGAUUGUAAAAUGAUUAAAUUGCGGGUCCCAAUGAAUGCAGUGUAGCAAUAUGUCUGUCUCGCUUAUUACUGAGCUUGUGCAUUGGAUAAGAAGGAUGACACAUUCCCUAAUUCAACUAUUGUUUUGUUGAAGAAAGUAAAUCUAGUGACCCAUCCAAUUUGUACAGUGUGCCAUGACAGUACAUUAAAAUUUCAUUGGAAAUGCUAGUUUGACUGAAUAGAAUUAAGUUAGCAGCUGUUGUGAGUGAAUUUGAUAUGGGAACACUUGGUGACAGUUAGAGAUGUUUUAAUAUUGCACAUCAUAUCCCAAGGCUCUUGGUUCAAAAUGUAUUUGGUAUUCGACUUUAAAAUUAGGAAGCUUUUUACAUUGUGCUCCAAAGUCCACCCCUGCACUAAAGUAAAACAGAUUAUGGUUAGUACUGUUAUCUCAGAGUGCCAGGGACCUGGGUUUGAUUCCAGCCUUGGGUGAUUGUGCAAACUCCAAAAAGACACAAUCUCCCUGUGUCUUUCUCCAGUUUCCUCCCACAGUCCAAAGAUGUACGGAUUAGGUGGAUUGGCCAUGGGAAAUGCAAGGUUACAGGGAUUGGGAAAGCAGCUGUGUCUGGGUGGGUUGGUCUUUGGGGCUGAUGUGGACUCUAUAUGGGCUGCUUCCACGCUGUAGGGAUUCUGUGAUCAGUAAACAAAAUCAUAAAAGGGCAGUAUCUUUAGUAAGAAAUCUACUAAAAACUGUAUUGAGUGAAUUCAAAUGUGAGAGAAGCCUUUGUCAGGAAUUAAAUUUAUAAGUAAAACCAAAAAGGUGAACAGAUCAAAAAUUGUCCCUUUUAAGUUUGGCCAGGUUAUCAAUGAACCCCAGGAGCAAACCCUUCGGGAUGAGAGUUGGAAAACAGAAAAAUCAGGAGCAGCACUGUCAUAGUAUGAUGAUAAGUGGUGAGGGAAACUAAGUCAAUGGAAUAUCACCAGAUGAUUAGCAAAGAGCAAGAAAGGAAAGAAGUCGUGCGAAAAUACCCAAAGUGAGUGAGUAAAUACCAUACAAUAUGAUGUGAACCUUGGGUGGCUUGUUGUAGAGUGCUGGCACAGGUCCAGCUUUGUUUGAGUGUCUGUUGGGCUGCAGCACAUGUACCAUGAGUAAAUAUCAGCAAUAGAAUCAUCUAUCUUUCAGCACAAGACAAGGUUUAUUAAAUCGUAGUAACUAUGUGCAGGUUACAUUAACUGAGGCAUUUGACUAUUAUUAACGAGAAAUAGAGAAGACGCAUGUCUCCAUGAGAAGACUGUGAUCAUCUAUUGUCUAUCUGAACUGACAGUUAUUCUACCCAGUAUGUGUUAUAUACCAGAAUAGACGGAACUUCAAGUUAGCUUAUACGUUGACCCUUUCAUUUCCAUUACCUUUAUAUAAUAUGUCCUUCCAAGCUAUUUCUCUCUUUGUAACCUUAUGAAACAACUACAUUACAUUUAUCGUACACUUCUUUUCUCUGACUUCAUGUGGAUGGCACAGUGGUUAGCACUGCUGUCCCCCAGUAUCAGGCACCCGAUUUGAUUCCAGUGUAGAGUGUGGAGGUUACGCAUUCUCCUGUUUCUGCCAGGCGCGCCAGUUUCCUUCCAUGCUCCAACGAUGUGCAGAUAGGUGGAAUGGUAAUGUUAAAUUGACCCGUAGUGACCAGGGAUGUGUAGUUUAGGUUGGUUAGCUAUGGUAAAUAUGGGGAUAGGGCGGACGUGUGGGGCAGGUCAGGAUGCUCUUUGGAGGGUUGGUAUGGACUCGAUGGGCUGAAUGGCCUCUUUCUGUACUAUAGGAAUUUUAUGAUUCACAAAUUUAAACAAACUGGUGUUUGGACAAUUUUUUUCGGAAUAUAAUGCUUGAGACAUGGAACAACCACAUUUGUAAAUCAUUAGCUUGAGGGUGGUUAACCUUGAUAUUGAUCUUUAGAUUAUUUCUCCUCUGAAGGAUCCUUAAUCUCAUGGAUAUCAUUCACUGAGGAUUUGGUUCACCAUUGAUGAUGAUGGUGGUCCAUCAACUUCACUGGAUGACCUUUGAUCCUAUCAUGGAAGACAACUGUGAUGAUGAAAGAAGUAGUUUCAUGCUUCUUGCCUUGUACUGGCCAUGUGACUGAUCUUUCUCAAGAUGGUGAAUGUGUCGAAUGUCUUCGGUCAUGCUAUGUGAUCUUUUGCUUGGUGUAUUUGAUUAUUUUUGCACUCAUCAUCAAAAGAUAUUGAGUAUUUUAUGUCACCCGUGUGUGUCGGACAUGCUGUGCUGUUAAUACUGAUAAAUUAAAA